UUCCUUGCACUCCCCCACGCUCGCACUCACGCGCGGCUGAGGAGGCUGAGCCGAGACGAUGCCGCUGGAGGACUGACCACCGCGGGGACUCGCUUUCUCCCCAGCGUUAUCGGAUGUUCAGAUAUCUAGCCGCAGAGCUGCAUCAAAAAUGAGCCUCACGGCAGGCUGAAUGAGAGGCGGAGGCUGCAGACCGAGGCGCUUUGGUGAAAGGAGGAGGGGGGGAGGGGGCCGACCGCCCGCCCGCCCUGCCGGCCGGCCAGCCGUCUUGUUAAGAGGAUAAAGACGGGACGAAAAGGGAGAGCGAGCUAUUUUUAAGGCGGACUGUUUCGGUGACACCAUGAGCAGCGGAGCGGAUGAGAGCUCGGUGCGGGUUGCCCUGAGGAUCCGUCCCCAGCUGGCUAAGGAGAAGAUCGAAGGCUGUCACAUCUGUACAUAUGUGAUGCCUGGAGAACCACAGGUGGUCCUCGGUAAGGACAAGGCCUUCACCUUUGACCAUGUCUUCGACAUAGACACCCAACAGGAAACCAUCUACACCCACUGCACAGAGAGACUCAUCGAGGGUUGCCUUGAGGGCUACAAUGCCACAAUCUUUGCAUAUGGACAGACAGGCUCGGGUAAGACGUACACCAUGGGGACCGGCUUCGACGUCAACAUCGGAGACGACGAGCAGGGCAUCAUUCCCCGGGCCGUCCACCACCUGUUCCGGGGGAUCGAGGCGCGCAGACAGGCCGCCACCGAGCAGGGCAGGCCUGUUCCUGAGUUCAAGAUCAACGCGCAGUUCCUGGAGCUGUACAACGAAGAGGUGCUGGAUUUGUUCGACACAACCCGAGACCUGGAGGCCAGGAGGCAGAGAUCCAACAUCAAAAUCCACGAGGACGCCAACGGGGGCAUCUACACCGUGGGGGUCACCACCCGCACUGUCACCUCUGCUGCUGAGAUGAUACAGUGUCUGAAGCUGGGCGCCCUGUCUCGGACCACCGCCAGCACCCAGAUGAACGUCCAGAGCUCGCGCUCCCAUGCCAUCUUCACCAUCCACCUCUGCCAAGUGCGAGUCUGCUCUCCUGACAACAAUGACAACGCCACCGACAACCGGCUGGCUAAUGAUUCGGAGAUUAACGAGUUUGAGACGCUGACCGCCAAGUUCCACUUCGUGGACCUGGCCGGCUCCGAGAGACUGAAGAGAACCGGAGCGACGGGAGACAGAGCCAAAGAGGGCAUCUCCAUCAACUGUGGGCUGCUCGCCCUGGGAAAUGUCAUCAGCGCUUUGGGAGACCGAAGUAAACGCUCCACCCACGUGCCUUACAGAGACUCCAAACUCACCCGGUUGCUACAGGACUCGCUGGGCGGCAACAGCCAAACCGUUAUGAUCGCCUGCAUCAGCCCUUCUGACCGAGACUUCAUGGAGACUUUGAACACCCUGAAGUACGCCAACAGGGCCCGGAACAUCAAGAACAAGGUGAUGGUGAACCAGGACCGAGCCAGCCAGCAGAUCAGCGCCCUGAGGACGGAGAUAGCCCGGCUGCAGAUGGAACUGAUGGAGUACAAGACGGGCAAACGCGUGCUGGGGGAAGACGGCAUGGAGGGCAUCAACGACCUGGUCCACGAGAACUCCAUGCUGCAGACGGAGAACAACAACCUAAGAGUGAGAGUGAAGGCCAUGCAGGAGACCAUCGAUGCCCAGAGGACGAGGCUGACGCUGCUCCUCAGCGAGCAAGCCGGCCAGGUGCUGGCCAAAGCAGGUGAGGGCAGUGAAGAAAUCGGGAACAUGAUUCAGAACUACAUCAAAGAAAUCGAGGAACUACGAGCGAAGCUCCUCGAGAGCGAGGCCGUCAACGAGAAUCUGAGGAAGAGCCUGUCCCGGGCGUCGGCUCGCUCCUCGCUGUACGCCGGACCCGGCUCCUUCUCCUCCGCCCUGAUCGCCCCGGAGAAGGAGGCCAGCGACGUCAUCGAGAUGGCCAAGAAGGACCUGGAGAAGCUCAAGAAGAUGGAGAAGAAGAAGAAAAAGAGGCUGAGGCGGUUCGAGGAGACUCAGGAGGCUGAGCUCGGCAGUGUCGUCAAAGAGGAGCUCCCCGACAACGACCAGGAGAGAAGCAACGAGGAGGCGGAGGGGGACGCCAGCGGACACGAAGACGGAGAAGAUGCCGACGGAGAAGAGGAGGACUAUGAUAUGGAAGGAGAGGAGACGUCUGAAGGCUCUGACUCGGAGGAGCUGGAGGAGAAAGAGAACAUGCAGGCCGACCUGGCCAACAUCACGUGCGAGAUCGCCAUCAAGCAGAAGCUGAUCGACGAGCUGGAGAACAGCCAGCGGCGCCUCCACACCCUCAAGCAGCAGUACGAGCAGAAGCUGACGAUGCUGCACAACAAGAUCCGAGACACGCAGCUGGAGAGGGACAAAGUCCUGCACAACAUGGGCUCGGUGGAGUCGGGCACGGAGGAGAAAGCCAAAAAAAUAAAAGCGGAGUACGAGAGGAAGCUGAGCAGCAUGAACAAAGAGCUGCAGAAGCUCCAGUCGGCUCAGAAGGAGCACGCCCGCCUGCUGAAGAACCAGUCGCAGUACGAGAAGCAGCUCAGGAAGCUCCAGCAGGACGUGGCUGAGAUGAAAAAGACCAAAGUGUCGCUAAUGCGUCAGAUGAAGGAGCAGCAGGAGAGGAGCAGGGCCGCAGAGUGCAGGAGGAACAGAGAGAUCGCCUCUCUGAAGAAGGACCAGCGCAGAGCAGAGCUCCAAGUCAGGCAGCUGGAGGCCCAGAAAAGGCAACAGGAGCUGAUCCUUCGCAGGAAAAACGAGGAGGUGACGGCUCUGAGGCGACAGGUGAGGCCCGUGUCUGGAAAAGCGAGCAGGAAGCCGAGCUCCGCCGAGUCUGCUCAGGAGCCUCCGUCCAGAGGACACCCGGGAAGGCCGCAGGCGUCGGGGGCGAGCCCUUCCAACGGAGCGAGGAGCUCCCCCAUGCGCAUGGGAAGCGUUUACCUGAACAGGACGGCGAGGACUAAAUGGCAGUCCCUGGAGAGACGUGUCAGUGACAUCAUCAUGCAGAGGAUGACCAUCUCCAACAUGGAGACGGAUAUGAACCGACUUCUGAAGCAACGGGAGGAGCUGACCAGGCGGCGGGAGCGCGUGUCCAGGAAGAGAGAAAAGCUGGCGGCGGACGGCGCCGACGCCGACCGCUCCCUCGCCUCGCUGAACGAGGAGCUGGAGUCCCUGGGCGCCAACAUCGACUACAUCAACGACAGCAUCGCCGACUGCCAGGCCAACAUCAUGCAGAUGGAGGAGGCCAAGGAGGAAGGAGACACCGUGGAUGUCGCCGCCGUCAUCAGCUCCUGCAGCUUGUCAGAGGCCCGCUUCCUACUGGACAAUUUCGUGUCUAUGGCCAUCAGCAAGGGUCUGCAAGCAGCUCAGAAGGACUCCCAGCUGAAGGUGAUGGAGGGGAGGCUGAAGCAGACGGAGAUAAACAGCGCCACCCAGAACCAGCUGCUCUUCCACAUGCUGAAGGAAAAGGCCGAGAUCAACCCGGAGCUGGAUGCCCUGCUGGGCAGCGCUCUGCAAGAGUUAGGGUUCCUGUGGCCCGGAGCAGAAAACGGGGAUUGCAGCAGCAGCGACGAGUCCACCCCGAGUCCGGCUCCAGAUGGCAGCACACUGCCGUCAGAUUUAAUGAAGUUGUGUGGUGAAUCCAAACCAAGAGGCAAGGCUCGAAGGCGGACCACCACCCAGAUGGAGCUGCUUUAUGCUAGCAGUGGGGAUUUGUCCUGCGAGUCCCCCACCGGAGACUUCCCGGCCCCGUUGCUGCCCCUCGCCGAGCGGCAGGAAGGACCGGCAGACGCGUGGGGUCUCGCAGCUGGUCAAGCCCCGGACCGCGAGCGAACCUUUUCGCCAUCUGUGCUGUCUGCCAGGCCAGCUGGCAUUUCUGGGUCUAGAUCACCAACGGGCGUGGAGAGGAAGCCGUUGGAGCGCUCGCCCCUGACCCGCAGGAAGGUGCAAGAAAAGGGCCCCACCAUGACCCCCAUGGCAACCCCUGCACUGAAACCAAUAGCGGACAACACAGAAACUAAAACUAAAGGCAGCGAAUACAAGUCAAUGCUCGAUGAAUCGCCGGUAUUUGAAGGACAACGUGGUGUGAUCAGUCCGGUGGCGGCCCCUAAGAACAGUCGAGGCGCCAGAAUUCAGUGCGUCCACGUGGCUGAAGGCCACACCAAACCUGUUCUCUGCGUGGAUGCAACGGAUGACCUGCUGUUUACUGGCUCUAAGGAUCGGACUUGUAAGGUCUGGAACCUAGUAACGGGCCAGGAGAUUAUGUCUCUAGCGGAUCAUCCCAGUAGUGUUGUCUCAGUCAGGUACACCUCCAGCCUUGUUCUCACCGUUUCCACUGCUUACAUCAAGGUCUGGGAUAUUCGCGACUCUGCUAAGUGUAUCCGUACACUCACGUCAUCAGGCCAAGUGGGGUCAGGGGAUACAUGUUCUUCUGCUAGGAGUUUAUCUAUCCCACCCGGAGAGAGUCAGAUAAACCAGAUUGCCCUCAACAUGUCCGGAUCAUUCCUGUACGCUGCUGCAGGGAACGCCGUGCGCAUGUGGGACCUCCGCAAGUUCGUGUCCACCGGAAAGUUGACGGGCCAUUUGGGACCUGUUAUGUGUCUAACUGUCGAAAAGUUGGGCCACGGACAGGACGUCGUGCUCACUGGCUCGAAAGAUCAUCACGUCAAAAUGUUCGAGGUGGCGGAAGGGGCUCAGGGCAGCAUCGGCUCCAGCUACACGUUCGACCCGGCCCACCAGGACGCCGUGGAGUCUCUAGCCAUCCACGGCGAUGUCUUCUACAGCAGCUCCAGAGAUUAUCACAUAAAGAAGUGGGACAUGGCCAGCAAAAAGCUUUUACAGUCGGUCAGUGCCCAGACAGAUUGGGUCAGCGUCCUGGGCGUGGUACCGGGCUCCCCGGUGCUCCUCAGUGGGUGCAGAGGAGGGCUGCUUCGCCUUUGGCACGCUCACUCCCUAGCACCCCUCGGAGAGGUCCAGGGGCACGACAGCCCCAUCAAUGGCUUGGCAACCAACAGCACCCAGUUGUUCACAGCCUCAGACGACCGCACGGUGAAAAUCUGGGAGGCAAAACCCCCCCUGGAGGAUGAAGUCCACUGACAACGGAUCUCUGUCAUUCGCAUACGCUGGACUCUGUACUUGUCAUCACCAGUUGUUUGAUACAAUGGGUGUAAGCUUUUUUUUUUUUUUUUGGUGGCAGUCGUAGAUGUUGCACCAUCGCCGGCGCCCAACAGGGAUCUGUGUCCGGAACACCCAAUUGGAUGUGGUCAGUUUCUCCAUGGGGGGGGGAACGGUUACAGAUAUUUUAGGUCAUAACGAACCACCAUGAACCUAAAAAGGCACCUUAAGUCGUCUCUAGAGUUACAGUGGCCACAAGACGGUUUGGAAAGUAGGAUUUUUAUUGAUCCCAGGGAGGCUGGCUCCAGUCGGGCGACAUCAAUGCAUAUAGUAUGUUUUUGGGGUUUUUUAAGAUCCUGAGGGAAAAGAAACGGUGAUAAUGAAAUGGUUUGUUUCUCAUGUCCAAAAUUAAUUUAAAUCAAAAACAUAGCGAUUUUCUGUUCCAACCACAUCAAAAACUGUGAUCGUAUCCUGUGUGUUGACAUGAUGUAUGAUAUAUCCUGUCUUCCCAACAAUGCUGUAAAGCUUAUUUUGUGUAUGUGUGAGUGUGUGUGUGUCUGUGUGUGUGUGUGUGUCUGAUGUUCUGUUUCUCAGUUAAAGGACCAAACUACUGAAAACGUGCUAUACUUUGCUGCCUCGGCGUUACUUGUUUUUCAGUAAUAUGCCAUGUAGUUUAACUUUAAACACAGGUGGUUUGUGAGACGCGCAACGUGAAAGCAAACAUUGCUUAAUGCUUAAGCAACCCAAGCACCUUGGAUCCUCCAGCUCAGAAAGGCGAGGUACACAUUGUGUGAAAACACAUUUUCUUCCUAACAUAUCUAAUGGGGGUCCAACCUGGAGAUGAGGGGCAAGACUGAAUUCAUGUCUGCGUGUAGUCUGGCUUACGUCUGCUGAAAUGGUGAACUGCUUAAAUCCUGGAAACAAUUAUUGCAAACAGAAUUCCUGUAUCUCUGAAAUGCUACUAUUUAUUUGUUUUUCUUGUGUUGUCUGAGAUCAGUGUCCAUCAUGUCUUUAUCACCUGUGACCGACUGUACAUUUGCUCAAACUAACGUCUGUGUUCUUUGUGUCACAGACAAUGAUUUGCACAGAAUUAAUGGGAUGGAUUUCUCCGUAAUCAUAGUUGUUUUAUCAGUGCCUGUCAUAAAUCCUAAACUUUG